UCCAUUCUUUGUCACAUGGGAGAUUUUGGAUGUGGAGAUGGAGGAUGGACGCCUGUGAUGAAGAUUGACGGCAGCAAGGACACCUUUCACUUUCGCAAAUCAUACUGGACUGAUAAAAACGAACACAAUCCUUCUGCAGGGGAAACUGGGUUUGACCAACGGGAAACAAAGCUGUCCACUUACUGGAACACACCCUUCUCCAAGAUCUGUCUCGGUAUGAAGAUCGAUCAACAGCUCAAGUUCAUUGUCAUCAUCAAGCAGGCUGACUCUCUGUACUCACUGAUCGCUGAUGGGAGAUAUCGGAACACAUCACUGGGUCGUGACACGUGGAAGAAGUUACUUGGUAAUAAUGCUUCUUUACAGCUCAAAUGUUACAAGGAAGGGUUUAACUCAGGAUGUGGUGGUAACAUCGCAUCCGCAAGGAUUGGAAUUGUGACCAAUAACGAAGAUGACUGCAUUUCGUGUGAUUCCAGGCUCGGGUUUGGUACAGAAGGAGCUGUUGAUACAAACAACACCUUAUCUGACCCCUGUGUUCAAUAUUUAUAA